AAGCCACAAACAGAACCUUUGGAUUUGUCAAUGCCAAGAAUGAUUGAAGGACGUAUUGGACCAUCAUAUCUAUCAAUGCCAGAAGUAAGUGGGAGACAAGUAGAACACAGCGAAAUUGAUCAGGAUGACGCAAGGUCACUAAACUUACCAGUUCAAGAAGCCAGUGAGGAACGAACAAGCAUAGUAAGAAAGAAGAGAUCCUGGUGCGAAAUGGAUCAAAAGGAAAUAUCAAGACUGAAAGAACAUGCGACUUGCACAGAUGGGAAGCGGUUCAAAUGUAAAAUAUCCAAGAGUGAUUUCGCUGCGCCAUCGAGUCUGCAUAUACAUAUAAGGAUUCAUACUGGUGAGAAGCCGUUCAAAUGCGAAAUGUGCAAGAGGGAUUUCCCCCGGUCAUCGGGUCCGCAUAGACAUACGAAGAUUCAUACUGGUGAGAAGCCGUCCUCUAGUCAGAAUGCAAGAAAAACUUCCCCCGACCAUACAAAAUGAGGAGAUAUAUGAAGAUUCGUGACAAUGAUAAGCCCAGAUUCAACUGCACCGUAUGCAAUAAAGGAAAUCGUAUUUGAAAUCACACAUAAAGAAUCACAUGAUGGACUGAUAGACGCAUUUUAAACCGAAAUAUGCAUUGCUAUUUUGUUGUAUUUUCUAUAAGGUAAAUUCAUUUUUCCUUAUUGUAUUAGCAUUCUAUUGCUUUAUAUGUAUAUUAGUAUUGUUCCUCUAAGACUUAUUUAAUAUUUCUCUUAUCUUAGUGAAUAAAAUUCCCCG